AUGCAGCCGCCACCGAGGAAGGUCAAAGUGACCCAGGAGCUGAAGAACACCCACACGGAGCAGAUGACAAGACUGCACUUUAAGCACCAGACUGAAUGUGACCUGCUGGAGGACAUGAGGAGCUACAGUCUGAAGAAAGGACAACUGGAGAGGGACUACGCACCAGAUCUUGAAAUGAUGUUUCAUGGCACUACAGAAGUUAGCGAGUCAGUACUUAAAAAGAGACUGGCCGGAAUUGACCCUGACGACCAGAGGACAGACUAUAGGAAUGUUUAUGCUGUCUGGAGAUCUUAUUUAGAAGGCACAAUACAAGUUAGUCAGUCUAGACUAAACGUGUGCGACAACUACAAAAGCCAAGUAUCAGAGCCCGCCAAGACCCUGAGACUGUACAAGGAGCAGCAGCUCAAAAAGACCAUAGAUCAGCUGAGUGGCAUUCAAGCAGAGCUGCAGGACUCUGUGAAGGAGCUGGCCAAAGCAAAGAAAAAAUACAACGACAGUGAGCAGGUUGCCCAUGCAGUACGAGAAAAGGCUGAUAUAGAAGCCAAGUCUAAAUUGGGGCUUUUUCAGUCCAGAAUUAGUUUACAGAAAGCAAGCGUAAAGUUAAAAGCUAAAAGAAGUGACUGCAACUCCAAAGCAACACAGGCUCGAAAUGACUACUUACUAAUGCUCGCCGCUGCCAACGCUCACCAAGACCGAUACUACCACACCGACUUACUGCAGUGUAUACAGGCCUUGGAUGGCAGCAUCUAUGAGCAUGCAAAAGAUUAUCUGGUGUCACUCUGUCGGACUGAACUAGAAGCCUCCCAAGCCACACACAACACCUUUCAGUUUCUUCUCGAGAAAUCCACCAGGCUAAUACAAGAAUACAACCAGCAGUUAUUCAUGCAGGAGAACCCCGUAUUCCAUAAAGCACAAGACUUCCAGUUCCAGCCCAGUGAAUAUGACACGAGCCGGCAGCUGGAGUCCGAGACGGGGACCACGGAGGAGCACAGUCUGAACAAAGAGGCCAGGAAGUGGGCCACCAGGGUCGCCCGGGAACAUAAGAAUAUCAUACACUACAAAAAAUCUUUAGACGACUGUGAGACCCACGGACUUCCCACUACAGAGCAAGGUCGCGCCGAUUUAGAGAUAAAAAUGGAGGACACCAAAGAAUGCAUUCGCAAAUCAGAGGGCACCGUGGACUUAGACCGAGAGGACGGAGAAGAGUGCGAAGAAAACAUGGAAGUGUUUGAUGACAGCAGCUCCAGUCCAUCGGGAACACUUCGCAACUACCCACUUACCUGCAAAGUGCUCUACUCAUACAAGGCAUCGCAGCCGGAUGAACUGACCAUCGAUGAGCAGGAGAUGUUGGAGGUCAUUGAGGAUGGGGACAUGGAGGACUGGGUCAAGGCUCGCAAUAAAACAGGCAAAGUCGGCUAUGUCCCAGAGAAGUACCUCCAGUUCCCUGCCUCCAACAGUCUCCUGAGCAUGCUCCAGUCCCUCGCCACUCUCGACGCACGUUCACACACCUCAUCCAACUCAACUGAGCCGGAGCUCCACACGGGAUGCAUUAAUGGAGACACAAACAGUGAGUGGUUGGUUUGUUGA